GAGGUAUAGGUAGGGGGUGUAGCAAUAUGGCGGCUGCUGUCAAGGCAGCAAGGACCUUUCGUGCAGUUUGUCAGCGGGCUGCACAGGGUGUUAUGUGAGUGGGCCACACUGACUCUCCUUGGUUACAUGUUUACCAGGACUGGCUGUUAGCUGUGACCCUGAUCUACCCUCCCCCAUAGUCACAUGCCAAGCUGAGGGAGAUCCAUUCUGGGAGAAAAGUAUGGACAUCAUACAUCAUCUUCAAAUCUCCAGACAGAAAAUAUUGACUUUCCAAAAACUCAUUUCAGCAAGGUGUUACAGAAGCACAUUUCAAAGCUCAACACCAAAAGCAAAGGCUUCAGCGUCAUGGUGCAACAACGAACACACAGAACUUUAUCGACAAAAAACAUGCUCUAAGCAUUUCAACUCAUCCCCAUACAAGGCUGAAGGAAACCAAUGGGUCACCCAAAGGAGAAUUGGGGCAUCAUUAAAUAAUUACCUACAAUGUGGAAAUCUCCACUCGUGUGUGCCAAUGAUUGGUGGCAUUUCCUUAAGGUUGGCUGGUCAGCUGCAUAGUCACUGCUACAGGCCAAUCCACACAUCGGCACGUUUGAAUGUUCUCUUACCUCCCCAUGUUUGGCUAUUAAUAAAACCAGUACAGAAGCUCUUUGCAAUCAUCCUUGGCAGGAGUGUAAGAAAAUGGUGGAAAAGUCUUCCCUCCAACAAACGGCAGAUGUUCAAAGAAAACCUAAAACAAAACAAGUGGAAGCUGAUUGCUAGUGUAACCUCACUAGGGAUCGUCUUCAUCCUAUUUUAUUGCACCCAUCUGGAGGAGAGUCCCAUUACCGGACGGAGCCGGCUCUUACUUUUCAAAAAGGAGCACUACAAUUUUAUCACUACAAUGGAAUAUGAAAAUCUGAUUGAAGAGUAUAAGGAUAUUAUGCUUCCCAAGGAAGAUCCACGUUAUCAGCUUGUCCAGAAAAUUGUAGACCAUCUUAUCGCUUGCAACGGUGACCUACCAGAGGUGUCGAAGAUGGAGUGGGUCGUUCACGUUGUAGAGAAGUCAGAAAUAAAUGCUGCUGUGAUGCAGAAUGGGCAGAUCUUUGUAUUCACCGGCAUGCUCAAUGCUGUGGCAGAUACACACCAACUCUCCUUUAUUCUGGCACAUGAAUUGGCUCAUGCUGUUCUUGACCAUACAGCCGAGAUGGGUAGUGUGACCCACUUUUUGGACUUCCUGCUUCUCAUUUCUCUUGCCCUGAUCUGGGCUCUUUGUCCAAUGGACAGCCUGGCAAUUGUUGGUCAAUGGAUUCACUCCAAAUUAAAAGAGUAUAUGUUCGACCGGCCCUACAGCAGGAGUUUAGAGUCAGAAGCUGACCGAGUGGGACUUCAGCUGGCUGCCAAGGCCUGCGUUGACGUCAGAGCAAGUUCUGUCUUCUGGAAGCAAAUGGAGUUUUCCGAGAACUUUGGAGGACUACCUCGAACACCAGAAUGGCUUUCUACGCAUCCAGCUCAUGAAAACCGUGCUGACCAGCUGGACAGGCUCAUGCCAGAGGCCCUUAAGCUGAGAGAGAUGUGUAACUGUCCAGCUCUCCCACUGCCUGACCCAAGAAUAAUUUUUGACCAGAGUGUGAAAGUCUUCCUCAAAUCCUAUGGGGGACAGUGAACCGAACUUGGUAAAAGGAGACCUUGUGCCAAUCCCAGUGGAUGAUAGUCUCACUAGCUUCAACGGUCAAAGACAUGUAUGGAUUAUGCAAUACAUUAAAACUGUCUGAUUUGAUUGUAAAAAA